AUGAUCAAUGGCGAGAGUGGAGGUCAGGUGCAACCAACAAGGGGUCUCAGGCAGGGAGAUCCACUUUCACCUUUCUUAUUUAUUAUUUGUGCUGAAGGUUUAUCCAUGCUUUUGCAGAAAGAACAGGCAGUAGGAUCUAUUCACGGUUGUAGAGUGGCUAGGGGAGCCCCCCCAAUAUCACACCUAUUUUUUGCUGAUGAUAGUUUGUUGUUCUUUAAAGCAAAUGUCCAGGAAGCUAUGGUGGUUAAGCAGUGUUUGGAAAGGUAUGGGGAGUUAUCUGGUCAGUUGGUAAACUAUCAUAAAUCUAAUAUAUGCUAUAGUAAGAAUACUGUGGAACAGAUGAGAGAGGAGGUGGCCGAAUGUCUGGGCGUGGAACAGGCAAGAAACUUUGGAAAAUAUCUGGGAUUACCCUCUUUUAUAGGGAGAAAUAAAAGGGCUGUUUUCUCUUAUAUAGAAGAUAAAAUCAGACAGAGAGUUUUCUCGUGGAACAAGAAAUUGUUAUCACAGGCUGGCAAAGAGGUGCUUUUGAAAAGUGUGGCUCAGUCUAUGCCUACAUUUUCAAUGAGUGUUUUUUUGCUCCCUGAAUCAGUUUGCGAGUCGAUACAAAGGGCCAUGAAUAGGUAUUGGUGGGGGAAAGGGCCAGACAGAGGAAUCCACUGGAAAGCAUGGAAUAAAUUGUGUAUUCCUAAGAAGUUUGGUGGAUUGGGGUUUAAAGACCUGAGGAAUUUUAAUCUGGCAAUGUUGGGUAAACAGGCAUGGCGUUUCUUAACGAAUCCAGGAUCUCUGGCAGCACGAAUAUAUAAAGCAAGAUAUUUUCCAAAAACUUCUUUUGUUGAUGCAACGGUGGGAAAUAAUCCCAGCUUUUGUUGGCGAAGUAUUAUGGCUGCUCAUGAUUUUGUUAUUGCCCACGUCCGCAGGAGAAUUGGAAAUGGCCAGGAGACUUUGAUAUGGGGUCAUCCGUGGUUGCAGGAUAAUCCUAGUCCAUUGGUUCAAAUAGUAAUGCCUGAACCAUUAAGGGAUGCAGUUGUUGCAGGUUUAAUAGAUCAGCAAACAAAAACAUGGGACCCCCAUAUUUUAACAGAUUUAUUUGAACCAGAGGAUGUGGAUCGUAUAUUGAGAAUACCUGUGAGCCCAGACUAUAAAGACACAUGGUAUUGGCAUAAUGAUGCGAAUGGUUGCUACACUGUAAAGGAUGCUUAUAGGCGUCUAAUGGGAGAAUUUAGUCACACCUUGGGAGAAUUUGAUAAAUGGAUUACAUUGUGGAAGUUGAAAGUCCCCCCCAAGUGGAAAACUUUUUUAUGGAGAGCGGUGUGUGAUAUACUCCCAACCACAACAAAUUUGAUUAUAAAGAGGGUAGAUGUGAACCCAACAUGCAUGUUGUGUGGUCUUACAAAUGAGAAUGUUAUGCACUCAUUAGUUUUAUGUGAAUAUUCUAGAGCCGUAUGGAAUAUUUCGGGAUUGCCUAUUAUGAAUAUUUUUUCAACAUCUUUCCCGAACUGGCUUAUGACUGUUAUGGAUAUGCUCACAGGCGAACAGGUCAGACGCGUUGUGGGGGUCCUCUAUUUUUUAUGGAGGGCCAGAAACGAGGCGGUCUGGGACCAUGCGGUACGGAGACCGGAGGUGGUGUGGCGCCGUGCAGCUGCGGGGGAGGCGAGCUACACGGCACUUCAUUCUCGCCCAGCGGCGGCACCGGCCGGCGGGGUGCGGACAGUGGCAGCCGGGCGGACGGCGUGCUACGUCGACGCCGGAUACGAUCCGGGAACGGGAAAUGCAACCUAUGGGGCGGUCUUGCUCGAUCCGAAUGGUUUGUUCAAAGCAGCGGCAAGCGGAAAACUCCCGGGGUGUUUAACUCCUCUUAUGGCAGAAACACUAGCAUGCAAGGAAGCCUUGUCCUGGCUUAAAGACCGAAACGAGAACGAGGUGGAUAUUCUUACGGAUUGUCUUGUCUUAAAGAAUGCGGUUCAUGCAGUAACGACACCGAACUUAUCUUAUGUUGGAAUUCUAGUUGAGCAGUGCAGGAUAGCUAUUAGUAGUUUCGUUAAUUGUUCGCUUAGUUUUAUUCCAAGAACUUUAAAUUUACAUGCGCAUACUCUAGCUAGAUUAGCCCAUGACCAGGAUCAUUCUAUGUACUGGGAUUUAAUCCCUCCUGACUCUAUCAUUCAAUUUUUGAAUUAA